AAGCAGCAGAGCCAUUUUUACUGUUGAGUAACUGCAUGCUGGUGUGCUAGUGCUAGAGAGAGGGUGAGGGAGCGAGCAGGGGGAACAAAGUGCUCCUCCGGGAUCUUAUCGGAGCCUUCUCCCUUCUCUCGCCUUCCUCUCUCCUCCUUGUACACCGCCUGCUUGUGUCCAUUUAAGUUGGGGAGGCCCUGGAGAGGAUACACAAUGGAGCGAAGAGCCUGUGGCAACUGGGCCGUUGUACUGCUGAGAGGGGGAUGGGGUAGAGAGAGGACCGGUUCACACAGCUAACACAGCCUGCUGGCUGUAGGCUUCCUCAGCCUCUCCUCCCCUCCUGGACCAACUGUUUCCAGGCCGGGGCCUUUUUCCUGGAAACAGCCACCCCCAAACUCUGCUUGGACUACACUAAGGAUUACUCACCAUGUUCUGUGGGAUUUUAGUAUACAUACCGGAGCCUGAAGAAUAAAUCUCUCCCGUGUUUUGGAUGAGAGAAAAGAAAAAACAAACUUCUGUAUAAUUCUUUCGAGCCCUUGUUUUUUUGGUUUCUGUUUCUGUUUAGUGGAGUUCAUAAAUGGAUUACAAGAUGCACGCCAAGUCAAACGAUUUGCUGGAUUUUCAGAAACUGGACGCCCUUCUGGAAAAAAUUGCACAUUCAGUCUCUGUAAAAAGAGAGUCCAGCGAGGAGUGCAAUGGGAUCAGCAGUGCUCUGUCAGUGGAGUCUGUGCCGGGGCCAAGACUGAACUGGUGUCCUGCCAACACCACUACCCCUGCCCCUGCUCCAGCUCCAGCUCCCCCUCCGGGGCACGAGCCCAUGCUCAACCCACACAGAAUGGGGGACGGCCUGGACGCAGCGCAGAUGUCGGGCGGCAGCAGCAGCCAGGGGCAGGCCCAGUCCUCGGGUAACCCCACAGCCCCUGAGUGCGUCAGUCCCGACAGGCCAAAGCGCCAGACCAAUCAGCUGCAGUUUCUGCUCAAGGUGGUGGUGAAGUCCCUGUGGAAGCACCAGUUUGCCUGGCCCUUUCAUGCACCAGUGGAUGCAGUCAAACUCAACCUGCCUGACUACUACACAAUAAUCAAAAUUCCUAUGGACAUGGGAACAAUCAAGAGAAGGCUUGAGAACAGUUACUACUUGAAUGCCCAAGAAUGUAUCCAAGACUUCAACACAAUGUUUACCAACUGCUACAUAUACAACAAGCCUGGAGAUGACAUAGUCCUGAUGGCUGAGUCUCUAGAGAAGGUUUUCCUCGGGAAGAUCACAGAAAUGCCUCAGGAAGAAACUGAGAUCGUUGUCAUGACAGGGAAAGGACGCGGGCGGGGCAGGAGAGAGGGAGGCCUGAGCUUGAAACCAGGGGCCAUCAUUGAUCCUUCGUCCACGACUCCUCACACCCGUGGUCUGUCAAACCUCUCAGCAUCACCGCUGACCAGAGGACCUGUGCAGGGCCCACCUUCACUACCUCCCCAGCCUUUGAUGCAGGCCCACAUGCCCCCGACGUUACCUAGCCACGCGCCUCAGCUCGGAGCGCCCUACUCUCUGGGCCAAUCAGACUGUGCUCCUCAAGUUCCCAUCAUGACUUCUGUGCCUCCCCCUGCUCAGACUUCCCUGCCUCCAGCAUCCAUCCAGAACACUGCCCCCAUGCUGCAGAACCCUGUUACCAUGACCAAACCCUGCAGUCAGUCGAACCCUCACAUGAUCCGAUUUCUCAACAAGUCAUUGGAAAUAAAGCAAAGAAAGAGCCAGAAAAGGAAAGCAGACACUACAACGCCCACAGCAAAUGACCAACUCAGUGAAUCUUCGCCAGCAGAGUCCAAAUCUGGGAAGACGUUACCCAGGCGAGAGAGUACCAGACCUACAAAACUGAUUAAGAAGGAGGCUCCAGACUCUCAGCAUCACAUAGGCAUGGGUAUCGGACUGAGCGGACUGAGCGGACCAAGCGGAGGUCAUAGCCCCAAACCACAAGAUCAACUGGGAUAUUGUGCUAGUUUGGUUAGGGAUAUGCUGUCUAAGAAACAUGCUGCCUACGCCUGGCCAUUCUACAAACCCGUUGAUGUGGCUGCACUUGGACUACAUGAUUAUCACGAUAUCAUCAAACAUCCCAUGGACCUAAACACCAUCAAGGCAAAGCUGGAGAACAGGCAAUACCGGGAACCCCAGGAGUUUGCUGCUGAUGUACGAUUAAUGUUUUCCAACUGCUACAAAUAUAACCCACCAGACCACGAGGUGGUAGCUAUGGCGCGCAAACUACAGGAUGUCUUUGAGAUGCGUUUUGCCAAGAUGCCGGAUGAACCUGAGAGCAAACCUCUGGUUUCUGCCCCAGCUCCUACACUUCACCAUCCGGCCCCUGUUAAGCCCCCACCUCCUUUGGCCCACAUCGCCUCGUCUUCAGACAGUUCCAGUGACUCAUCUUCUGAGUCUGAGUCUUCCACAGAUGACUCUGAAGAGGAGCGAGCCCAGAGGUUGGCUGAGCUCCAGGAACAGUUGAAGGCUGUCCAUGAGCAGCUGGCUGCCCUGUCUCAACCACAAGUCAGCAAACCAAAGAGAAAAGAGAAGGAGAAGGAGAAGAAAGAGAAAGAGAAGGAGAAGAAAAAAGAGAAGCAUAAGAAGAAGGGAAGCAUGCCUAGCCUUGUGGAUGAAAUCCAAGAUACUAUACCUGUUUCGCAGAUCUCUAAGAAGAACAAGUCGAGUAACAAUAACAACAAAGAGGUUUCCAAGAAGAAACACAGUAAAAAGGAAGGGAUGAAAAGAGACCAUCCACCCAAUCUGCAGCCAAUUCCCAGCCUCGAAGAUGACCUUGGGGCUGCUGGGUCAUCAGCGUCAGGGGAAAAGUGCAAGCCCAUGACAUAUGAGGAGAAAAGGCAAUUAAGCUUGGACAUCAACAAGCUUCCAGGUGACAAGCUUGGCCGCGUAGUACAUAUUAUCCAGUCCAGAGAGCCCUCACUUAAAAACUCAAACCCUGAUGAGAUAGAGAUUGACUUUGAGACGCUAAAGCCUUCCACUCUGCGCGAGCUGGAGAGAUACGUUUCUUCCUGCCUCCGCAAGAAGAAAAGGGCUCCAGUUGAGAAGACUUUGGAGUCCAUGGCUACCUCCAAAAAGAUGGGAUCUUCUUCAGAGAGCACUGGCUCCAGCUCAGACAGCGAAGCAGAAGGGACAGGAAUAAUAAAACAGCAGAAAAAGAAGGGCCAGUCUGUAAAGGAGGGGAAGAAGAUGCAUCUUCACGCACAGAGCGGCUCUGCUCACUCUGGGCUUCAUUCCCAACCUGCAGGCCUUCAGCCGAGCAGUCAGAUCAAGCACCAUCAGCCGCAGCAUCAGCAGCAAUCUCCUGCAGGCUUCAUGGCUCCCCCCGUAGCUGCUCUGGAGUCUUCCCAGUUACUGGAGACUAGCUUCGAGUCCCUGCCACCUUUCAACCAGCCCCUCGUGCAUCUGUCUCACCACUCGGGCAACUCCUCCUCACCUCCACCUCCACACCUCAAUGCUCAUUCUGCUGAGCCUGUGUCCCCCGAGACCCACCCCUUCCUUAACCAGCAUCCCGUCCUCCCGUCUCCAGCCUUGCACAGUUCCAUGCCUCAGCAGCCGUCUCGACCCAGUCACAAGGCAGCGCCGCUUCAUCCUAAACUCCCUCAGCAGCAACAAGCAGCACCUCCUCCUCCUCCUCCUCCUCCUCCUCCGCCAACCCUGCAGCAGCAUCAACAAUCGCAGCAGCAGCAGCAGCAACAACAGCAGCAGCAGCAGCAACAGCCGCUGCAGGUCCAGUCAGCAGCGCCACCACAGCAUCAGCUCCCCUCUCAGAUCCUUCACCCUCCUCAGCCUCUGCACCAACGGCCCAUGUCCCCCCCAACACUUACACCCCAGGGCUUGCUGUCUUCUCAACCUCCUCAGAUGCUGCUCGAGGACGAUGAAGAACCAGGGUCUACAACGCCUUUGAACCAAGUACAGUUAUACCUGCAGCAGUUCCAACAACCCCGUCAGCCCCAGCAGUCCAUGCAGUCGCUCCAGGCGCAGGUUCGUCAGCAGCAGCAGCAGCAACAACAACCGCCACAGACUUCUCUCCUGCAGUCGGUCCAGGGACAAUCUCAACUCUCAUCUCAGGCGACGCUGCCUCCUCCCCAGCUCCCUGUUCAGUCCCAGGCUCCUCCUGCCCCAUCACAUCAGCCCCCGCCCCAACAGAUGCCUCUACACCAGGCCCGCCACAUGCAGCACACUCAGCAGCAGCAGCAGCAGCAGCAGCAGCAGCAGCAACAGAGCUACCAGCAGGGUCCUGGACUAGCUGCUCAGUCGCUGGGAUCACAACACAAGGUUUCCAUCUCUACCAACAAAGCACAGCAGAUCAUCCAGCAGCAGCAAGACUUGCCCUCCCCUCGCCCGACCAAGGCUGACCCUUACACAGGUCACAUGAGGGACAACCCAUCCCCUCUUAUGAUGCAUUCCCCACAACUCCCCCAGUAUCCUCCUGUGUCUCACCCAUCUCCACCUCACAACAUGCAGCCCAAAAAGCAGAGGGCCCCUGGGAGCCAAGGUGGGUUGAAGGAGGAGAAACUUGCUCCAUCACCAGUGAUGAGAGGAGAGUCUUUUAACCCUGCAAUGAGACCAGACCAUCACAAACACCCCGAUAAUAAGCCUUCUCAACCAGGCCACGGCCAACAGAAUGUGAAGUCCAUGGACAGCUCGCGACCCGUCAUCCGCUCCUCUGAGCCCAGUGGGCCACCGCCCUCUCUGCAAGAUAAGGAUAAGUUCAAGCAGGAGUCCAAGGCGCCUGUUGCCCCCAAAAAAGUACAGGAUGUGAAACUAAAGAACAUGGGCUCAUGGGCCAGUCUGGCACAGAAGUCCACGUCUACGCCCAUGUCUGCAGUGAAAUCAUCGAGUGACAGUUUUGAGCAGUUCCGUCGUGCUGCUCGGGAGAAAGAGGAGAGAGAGAAAGCCCUGAAGGCCCAAGCUGAGCAGGCGGAAAAGGACCGGCUACGCAGGGAGCAGGACAAACUACGAGGUCGGGAUGAAGACGACGUCAUGGAGACGACCAGGAGGGUGCACGAGGAGCCACGCAGGCGCCAGGAACAGCAGCUCAUUCAAGCCCCUACGCAACAACAACAACAACAACUACAGCAACAACAACAACAGCAACAACAACAGCAACAGCAGCAGCAGCAACAACAGCAACAGCAGCAGCAGCAGGAGCCCCCGCCGACCGCCAUUCAGCAGCCUCCUCAACCCCCCACACCGCCUCAGCCCGCCGCACAGAACCCGCUCGACCAACAGAGGGAGCUUGCACGCCGCCGAGAGCAGGAGAGGAGGAGGCGAGAAGCGAUGGCAGCGACUAUUGACAUGAAUUUCCAAAGUGACUUAAUGGCUAUCUUUGAGGAGAACCUGUUUUGAGGAGAGGAGCAACUGAAACGUAACUGCAAAAAAAAAAAAUACGAUUCCCUCGGGGGGGGGGGUAAGAGAAACUUGGAUGAUUAACACUUCCUCUAAAGUGAGAUUUGCUGACCACGCACCACAGAGGGACACGGACUGUGUGUAGACGUGACGGACGCUCGGAUGCCGGACGGGAAGCUCACAGCUCACGGGGAUAGUCUCAUUGUUCUGGAUGUAAUUUCCGGGGGAUUUCUGCAUCGUCUGCGCGGCGUCUCACAGCGAGAGAGGAAAGGACCCCCCCCCACCCCCCGUCGGCACAGUUGCCUUUGUCACACUUGCUUCUAACGGUGUGCGUGGUCGCAAACAAUAAUCGCAAGAGUAAAGACAGUAACUAUGAACAUGCUCUGAUAAUGUACUGACAGACUGCGCAGGGGCGUUUUGAAACUGCCAGAUGUCUGAGGUGAUGAAGAGGACUGGUCUGUUUCGUUUGUUGUAAGUGAACACAUGAAUGGUUGGAGUGGAGGGAGGGGGGGGGGCGGCAACUUCCAUACUGUAAAUCCUGUAUAUUUCUCAGCGGAGAAGGUACACUUUGCCUUACACCUCUUUCCUAAACAGACCAUUAUGUUCUGUGGCCUGCACACAUGGACAAACCAAUAACAUUUAAAAGCAGGAGUAGGAGCAGUGCAGACCUUUUUCAUCAUGUAGUAUCUACUGUAAAGAAGUAUUUUCUUAUACUACAAUAACUGUUUAUUUUUUUUUCCCCUCUCUGAAUCUUCACACCAACACACUCCGCCACUUAUGUCUAUGCCAAACAACCCAUCAUCUUUUAUGCUCUAUUACUUGUCCUAAAACACGGUCGGUAGUUGGCGGGGGAUAAAAACCCCUGCGUAUAUGCAUCAAUCAUAGUUCCAGUGAGGAUUUUAUCAGACACAGAAUCAUUUGAAGUUUUUAUCCUGCCUUGUAUUUCUUAUUUAAAGCCGCAACAGGAAAAUCGUUAGCAGAAGAGUAGAAAGGUCCGGUUGUUUUCCGAGUUUUAGUUGAAAUUUAAUUUCACUACGAGUGUUGCACCGUUAUUUGUAUUACACUUUUAGACAUGAUGUUGGAAAUGUUCAUAUCAUUGGCUUGUUCGCAGCAGUCACACUAGCAGGAGUUAAGUGAGGAGUCGAGGAGCCCCCUGCUGUUGCGAGCGCUCCGAUCUUACCGCGCGGGUUUUGGAUCACAUGUCAACAAGCGGAGCGUUCGAGGCAGGAAGGGGACAAUCGGGAAUAAAAACAAACACUCGCCACCUUUCUGUAGCUGUUACGUGAAUCAGGUUAGGAAAGAAUAGUUGAAGGGAUCAGAAAGAGCUCCUGGUUAUUUUUUUCGCAUGGAGGCGUCACCACGGGCACAGUGUCGACGAUACAAAAUAAAAAGACAAAAACGAUUACAAAAGUCACAAAUCUGAAAACGCUGAAAAAAACAGUUUUGAUUUCUAUAUUUGUUCUUGUUCGAUAAUAGUGGAUGUGAGUUCUAAUUCUGUUCUUGGAGAUGUCGUCUGGAGCGCGGAUGGGUUGAAAUUUGAAACGCAUCUCGUCCUCUCCACUCGUCUCUUAUGGUGUUUUUCUCCAGUGCCUGUAUUGUAUUGCAAUUCUCGUUGGCUUAUAUUACACUUCGAGGGGGUUAAGAAAGGGGGCGAGUCAGGAAUUGGGUGGUGUAAUAUUUGACCGGGGAGGGAGAUUUUUGAAAGAGUUUGUGUAAAAAAUAAAAAAAGGAAAUAAAAAAAGGAAAAGACAGCAUUUUAUAUUUUACCCGUUGUCAAUAUUCGGGUUUUAAAUUUAGUUUUAGCUGGACUUCUAUGAGUGUACACACCUGACAACUACUUUCUCAUUUUGUUCAAUCAGCAGAUUUUAGAUAGAGAUGUUUCAGCAUUGCCACACUUAGCGUGUGAGUCUGGUCUGUGAGUGUGACUGUGUAAAUUUGGACGAUUGCGUGACUGUGUGUUAUUGUUAUUAAUUUUUUUUAAGUGUGUGGUACAAGGAGGUAUGUUCCGCAAUGUAGAUAAGCAUUCUAUUGAGGAGGAGGAAGAGGAGGAGGAGGAGAAACAGAUGAACAGUACUUCAGGAGAAUUUGUUUUUGUGCUUAAGUCACCUUUUUUAAAUUUCCAUGAAGUCCACCAUAUAUGAAUAUAUAAUUUUUAUUAUUAGACUGGUUUUGAAAGGGUAAAAAAAACAAAAAAACUUCAUUCCUGUUUAGCCUUUUUUUUUUUUUUUCACAGUAACUGUUGGACAUAAUGUGCCAUGAGUUCUACCGAGAAUGUGCUGACCCGCAGCUCAGCCCAGAGUUUGCUUUAUUCAGGUAUUUUAUUUUGUGUUACAUGUGUUCUGUUUGGGGGGGUUUUGUUCGAACCUUUUCCUCGAUUAUCGUUUGGUAUGUGACUGGUCUAUCGAGGUUCCUGAUCUGUUAUAAGUCUGUUAUGAUCAUUGAAUAAACUCAUUUCUUUUAUAGAAAAUAAAAAAUAAACGAAAAA